UGCCCUAGAAACCCUUGCUUCGCCUCCUCUAGCCGCAACAUGCUCACCCCCACCAACCACUCAAUUUCUCAUCACUCUUCCCCUCUUUUUGUCAGUAAAUCCACUUCUUCUAGCUGGGCUUUUCUAGAAAUUUGCUCGCGUACCUGUUAGGUGCACCCCUUUUGCUUAUUUGCAAUCGUUUAUUCUCAUGGAUUUUGAGUUUUCGAAGAUGCUAGCUACUGCAUCUUAAUCUCCCGGUCGUGUUGUUUUAAGAGGGAUUUUGUUCACUGCGAUGGAUACUGUGGAAUUACCUUUCCCCGUAGACGUCGCACCCGCUCCAAAGUUGAUAGCGCCCGAGGGUUUUGCCAGAGCUGGGGCUACAGUCAAGGAGGUGGAAGGUCGGGGAUCUGAUCGCGUUUCCAUUGUAGUCAACCAUUCGAUUGAGUGUUGCGACCGCGGACUGGGAAAUGAUGCUGCAAAUGUGAAAAGCGACACUGAGCUUCACCUCCGAGAUGUAUUUCCUGAGAAUGAGCUCGUUAAGAAUUCUAGUAUGUUGUCCAAUCUUCAGGGUGAAGAGGUAUCCAAUGGUACGCAUGGCAAAGUAAAAAAUUGCCCAGUAAUUUCUUCCAAACUUGAAGGUUUGCCAUUGCAACAAAAGGCAGGAAAAGUUCAUAAGAGUGUUACUUCAAGUUCGAAGAGGCCACGAAUAUCAGAAGAUUCUAUGGGCCUGAAAGGAAUUGAGAGUUCAAAGAAAUUUUCUGAGAAGCAUGCAUCAAAUCAUAUAAAGAGUGGUUCUUCAGAAAAAAGUCAGUUAUCAAAACAAAAGAGCAACGGUAGCAAGCGUGGCGAUAAGAAGAACUUUAAAUUUCCUUCAAAGGCUAAAUUUGACUCAUCAUCUAUGAAGUUGGGUGCAGCAGUCUUCAAUUCUGCCUGUGGAGGGAACAACAUUUUUGGAUUAUAUGGUCUAAAGCAUGAUAUUCAUGAUGUAACAAAGCUUAUGGAAGAGCCAACUUUAGAUGAGCUCCUUAAAGGCACGUUUGACUGCCCUAGCUUGGGCAAAGAUAAGGGGAAGAAAACAUCAAAUAUUACUGAACAAUUUUUUAGCUCUGUUAGAAAGUCUUGCUCCAUCCUUCAUGUCCCAAAAGCUGUUCAAUCACAGUGCACGGCUGAGAUUGACAGCUCCUCAAACAGGAAAAUGUCUGCUUCGGAAUCAAGUUCUGUAUGUGUUGGACAAAGUGGGGAUAAUGGAGAUAAAGAGCAGUCUCGUGUAACAGAUAUUUCUGAAGGUCGCAUUGAACCUUCUAGUGAAACUGGAACUCCAGCUAGUCCUCUGGACUUUCCAUUAUAUCACCCUAAGGAUGUUUUGGAACGCAUUGCACUCCCCCAAUCUCGGGAUUUGGAUUCUUUGCUCCUUGAUGCAUCGAAGGCUGUUGUCACCUCAAAAAGUAAUAGUGAUCUUCGUACGGUCAAGCAGGUCAGUCGUCGACCUAGCUUGACAGCCUUUCCUUGGUCUCAUAAUUUCAGUGGUCAUUGUAGAACUAAUUCCGAUACAGUUAAGUUAUCAAGUAGAAUCACAUGCCAAGGUAAAUGGGCAAAGAUAGGAUUUGUUACUAGCUAUAUGGGAAUGAAUCGGGGGAGCUUCAUGAACCUUGAUACAUUCAGCUAUGAUCAGACUUUAGUUCCUUCAGUUGGUAGUUCAGACAAUAAGGGUUUACCAUCUUCAUGUGCCAGUCUUCCUUUCUGUCAUUGGGUUUCGUCGUCUUCUCUAACAUGUUCAAAAGGAUCUCGGGAUACUACAGAUUUUGAAGGCCUGGUGGAUAGUAAAAAAUAUGAUGGUUGUCCAGAAUUACUAGGUGCUGCACAAACUCUAUAUGAAAUGGCAACUCGCUCGCCAAGGCAGAAUGAGGGCACUUCAGGGUGGCUGAAGAAGGCUUCACAUAAGGCCACAAAACUUCGCAACUGGAAGUCAUACGAGAAAUCUGAGGAAAUGAUUUCUAAACAAAUAUCGGCAAUUGGAUCCAAUCAGUUGACAAGAGGCGUGGAGCGAAUUAUGCCCUCAAAGAAGCCAAGGCUUUCCAUAGUCAAGAGCAAGGAUGGUGGUCCUUCCAAUACUGUCAAGAAAGGACCAUGUGCAUGGCCAACUUCAAAAUCAAGCAGAUCGUUGCCAGUUAAAUCAGUCAGGGAACCCAUUAUGGAAAAUAAACAUUUAAACACGGGCAUCCUGAAGCAACAUAGUAUGAUGCCACCUCCUGCCUCUAGGGUUUUCAAUAAGGCCUUUGACAGUCAACAGAAAGUCAGAAAAGUAGUGUUGAUGGAUUGGAAAAGGGCAAGGGACAAGUCAGGUUGAUCUAGCGAUAAGCACACAGUAGAAGCACCAAUCCUUAACAGAUGUGAUUACCAAAAUGUUAGGUUGCUAGUUAAAUGCUGCUUCGUACAUAUGCCAUGGCGGCAAUGAGAUUGUUGUUGUAACUUGUUAUUUUGUAAUAUGUUCAAAGCAGAGCGAAAUUCAAAUCUUGUAACAUCAAAGACAGGAGUACAAAACAAGCAGAUGAAUUCUUUGCCUUCUGUAGAUGAUUUUACGAGGCAAUAGAAAGUCGACGUUGGUGCACGUA